CAGGCGUAUACUUGGAUCAAGCAGACGGCUGAGGACUUCCUUUACACGACCGGUAACGGAAUCUCAGGUGUCGGACGAUCUGUCUAUCUCGCACACGCACAAAAGUCUGUUCAAUGCUGUAUCGAGAGUACUAACUAGAAAUGAAAUGUAAAGAGAUCAGCUGUAAUGACGGCCCGCUUCGGAUCUCGGACCGGAUCUUGUCACUUUCACUCCGUGCCUCUUCUAUUUAUAGCUGCUUUUCUACUAUACUUAAGGGGCUUUCACUGUCGGUAUGCCUAGAAGUGUAUCCCUACCUAUCCAGUAUGGGGCUAAUCCGUUCGGAAAAGGGAGUCGACUUUCCGCCAAUCUCGCACCCUCAACCUGUUAAGUCUGGUUGUCUGAGAAUCUCGAGCUCAGAGAAGAGUUGCAAUGGGAGCGAGAGCGCUUCUGGUAUACUGGCCGACUUCGAUAUACUCGUUGCGCCCGAGGAUAUCUUAAGUCAGCCCAAAGACCUGCGACAAAUUGAUCAUAUGCCCGCCAGGUACAGUGAGAAGGACGAAUGGGGGCUGGGCUUCGCCGCAGGUGACUCCAGUUCUUGCGAGAAGAUAGUAGCCCAUAUUGAACUGGUACUUGGCUGUUACCAUCAUCUUUCGAGUGCUCGUCCUUUCCAACUAAUGCUUCAACACACUUGUGAUAACCUUGACUUUUCGAACAUCAUCAAUGAACGCCUGCCAUUGCAGCCAAGCCGUGUUGAAUCUGUGCGCGUCUUGCGAUGCGCUUGAUUUCUGCAAGCUGUCUAUAAACGCCAAAAGAUCUGGGGUGUCCAUACUCUGGACUUCCUCGUUAUCAAGUAUGAGCCAUGAGAAA